AUGCCUAGAUUUUCCGAGUGCUGGCGUUGUGGAAAUACGGUUGGUGUUGGGAUUAUUUGUAACUUGUGCGAAGUUGCCAAAUACUGCAGUGAGAAAUGUCAAAGAAAUGACAUAUUUCGACACGAAGCCGAAUGCAUUCCAGCGUCGAUCCUCAAGACAUGCACGACAUGUAGAAAAAGUGGUCCAAAUCUGAAAGCUUGCACUGGAUGCUAUCGAGCUUUUUAUUGUGAUGCAAACUGCCAGAAAAGCAACUGGGAAAGGCACAAGAUUGAUUGUCGAGAAGAUAAGGAGGUGAUAGAAGCGACUACCCAACUUAUUUUCGCACAUUAUUUUAUAUUGGCUGAGCAAAUAGCCUCUGCUUGCCCGUAUUAUUAUUGGGGGAAUGUGCCGGCAUUUGAUUGCUUUAAUUUGGUCGAAACCGAAGGCGCUACGUACGGAUCGGCUUUGAAAGUUCUGAUUCUCGGUGUUGGUGAUUUACGAAACGUGGCGUUGACGUGUGCAUCGUUGCCAGAUUCAUACAGCAACAAGGUUUUGUUUACCUUGAAUGAUAGAGAAAGUUGCGUAUUGGCCAGACUGGUGUUACUGCUUUACAUGUUGAUAAAAG